AUGGCUCCCAGGAGUUACUCCAAGACCUACAAGGUCCCGCGUCGUCCUUUCGAGUCCGCUCGUCUGGACUCUGAAUUGAAGAUUGUUGGCGAAUAUGGCCUCCGCAACAAGCGCGAGGUCUGGCGCGUCCAGCUGACCCUCUCCAAGAUCCGUCGUGCUGCCCGUCAGCUUCUCACCAUGGACGAGAAGGACCCCAAGCGUCUCUUCGAGGGUAACGCCCUGAUUCGCCGUCUCGUACGUGUCGGUGUCCUCGACGAGUCCCGCAUGAAGCUCGAUUACGUCCUUGCCCUCAAGGUCGAGGACUUCUUGGAGCGCCGCCUCCAGACCUGCGUCUACAAGCUCGGCCUCGCCAAGUCCAUCCACCACGCCCGUGUCCUGAUCAAGCAGAGGCACAUCCGUGUCGGCAAGCAGAUCGUCAACGUUCCUUCCUUCGUUGUCCGUCUCGACUCCCAGAAGCACAUCGACUUCUCCCUCACCUCGCCCUUCGGUGGCGGACGCCCCGGCCGUGUCAGGAGAAAGAAGGCCAAGGCCGCUGAGGCCAAGGACGACGCCGGCGAGGAGGAGGACGAGGAGUAGAUCUUCCUGUCAUGACCGUCAGGUGCAAAAGGGUCGAUUCAUGGGAAUGGGCGUAGGCUUUUCUGCUCCCCCGCGAAGGAGGGUUUGGCGGAGAAGUAGUUUCGAAAAAUUCAAAUACCAUUAUGCCCAUGCCGUCUCGAAGCUUUGCUAAGGCUCAAGAUGUGAGUUAGUUACGAUCAAUUAAGGUUUUCUUUUCUGCCG